AUGGUCACCGGAUUGGGGAAAGCUAUGGCUGAAGAUUAUGGGUGGGCUACAACUCGGAUUGUGGUGGAAUUCAUCACGGAUCCUCUUGGCGGAUGGGAUCCUGCUACGGAAUUUGCUAGAGAUUUGGAGAUCUCGUGCUGGACUUGGAUAAGCCGCUUACAGCUUAUUACAUGUCAUCAUGUUUGGUUUCAAAGGUGGAUUGGACUUGAUGGGUUUUUAGACUCUAUUGAGAGAGGGUGGAACGAUACUCGAGGAGAGGCCGUGCCGACUCUAGUUGAUAGAAUUCAGAAUUGCCGUCACGAGAUUUCAGUUUGGAGGAAAAAUAACCAACCAUAUGGAAAGAAAAAAAUAACAGAAUUACAGGCGGCGUUGGAGGAAGUACAAAACGAUGAUAAUAGUACCCAAGAUGAACUUAACGCUAUUACUAAUAAGCUCAUGGAAGCAUACCGGGACGAGGAAAAUUAUUGGAAACAGAAAAGUCGAAACAUGUGGUUGAACGAUGGAGAUUUAAAUACGAAAUUUUUUCAUGCCUCCACAAAACAGCGGAGGGCAAUUAAUCGAAUAGUGGGCCUCCAAAAUGAUGCCAAUGUAUGGGUAUCUGGAGAACAAGAGGUUGCGAAGGUUGCGGUUAACUAUUUCGACAAUCUCUUCACGUCCAUAUCACCAACGGAUUUCACGGGUAUCCUAAGUAAUGUGUCAGAGCGAGGGACAUCAAGGGAAAACGAGAUUUUGACUCAGCGGGUGACAGAAGCAGAAGUUCGUGAAACACUUUUUAUGAUGAAUGCAGAAAAAGCACCUGGGCCAGAUGGAAUGACGGCUUUAUUUUUUCAACGAUCAUGGCAUAUAGUUAAAGAUGAUAUCAUCACCAUGGUGAAUAAUUUUCUUCUUUCGGGUAUCUUUGAUGAAAGGCUAAAUAUGACCAAUAUUUGUCUUAUCCCAAAGACGGAGCGGCCUUCUAGGAUGACAGAGCUAAGGCCCAUUAGUCUGUGUAAUGUUGGCUACAAGAUUAUUUCGAAGGUUCUCUGUCAGAGGCUUAAGGUGCUACUACCAAGAUUGAUUUCAGAAACCGAGUCUGCGUUUGUGCCAGGCCGACUGAUUUCUGAUAAUAUAUAG